AUGAAUGAAGGUUUUCAAAUAAUUCAACUUCCACCAACUGAUAUAUCCGAAUUACUUCCCAAAGAUUCAUCAGGAAUUGAAACCACGAUAUCACUAACCGUUAGUGAAUCAAUUCGAGUGCUAAAAUCAGCAAUUUUGGCACUGGAACAUAGACCCACUGUUUUAAUUGUCGAUAUCUUUGGAACCGACGCUUUUGAACUCGCUGAUGAACUAGGAAUGCUCAAAUAUGUUCACUUCUCUGACGCUGUACUUACCGACACUCGAUUAGGAGAUCAAGGGAGAGUAUGUCCAUCAGGAAGAGCCAGUUCAAGUUCCUGUUGGGCCUUUAAAGGAGAAGGUUCAGCAAUCUCAGGGGAUAAGAAUACGUGCUUGGAUUGGUUAAAUGAGCAACCGAGUAGAUCUGUCAUCUUUGUAUCGUUCGGAAGUGGAGGAACUCUUACAGCUGAGCAGAUAACUGAGCUUGCCUGGGGACUGGAGAAAAGUCAACAACGGUUCCUCUGGGUUGUCCGCGCACCAGCGGUAAAAGAGACAUUUGGGACUUACUUUACUUCCGGCAGUGGAGGAGGUAAGCCAUCUGAUUACUUACCAGAAGGUUUCUUGAAUAGAACUGUGGAGGUAGGAUUAGUUGUUCCUUCAUGGUGUCCGCAGCUAGAGAUACUAAGACAUGAAUAUGUGGGUGCAUGUUUAUCACACUGCGGAUGGAAUACAACGCUGGAAUGUAUUGUCAAUGGCGUCCCCUUGAUAGCGUGGCCUUUGUUUGCUGAACAAAGGUUAAACGCAUCACUGCUGGUAGAGGAUAUUGGAGUGGCAGUUCGACCAAAUAUCUGGUCAACUAAGGAACUGAUUGGUAGGACAGAGAUAGAGAAGAUGAUCAGAACGUUGAUGGAGAAGAAAGACGUGGAGAAUCCAUGGAGGGUUAGGGGAAUGGAAAUGAAGGACAGUGUAUUGAGAGCUUUGGAUCAAGGUGGAUCUUCCCACAAAGCCCUCUUAGAAGUCUCCAAACAAUGGAAAGCUACUAACUAG